AUGGGAAAUGAAACUAGUCAAAUCUCUGGACAAGUAGAGGACAAUCAUAGAAAUAAUGUUAGUCAUAAACGUAGUCAAUCAUUACAACGUGAUUUAACUUUAUCUGAUACAGGAAUUACUUUAUUACCGAAUUCAUGUAAAAGUCAAUCACAAAUUUCUUUACAUGAAAUUGUUGGAACAAAUGAUUCUAAUCAAAAUAAAACAAAUUCAAAAUUAACUACAGAUACAUCAACUACUGAAAUAGCUUUACUUAAAACUGUACAAAUGGAAUUAACUGAUGAUGAAAAGGAAUGUAUACAACAAGUAUUAGCUAGAGCACGUCUUGUAGAAAUGAAUGAAGAUAAACGUGUUACAAAACUACAAACUGAACUAAAACAUACUGAGCAAGUUGUUAAACGUCGUGUUUCACUAUCAAAUCAAGAUGUUACAAAGCAAGUUUAUUGUUGUAUACUCUGUGGACAAACUCCAUUACCAGAAGGUCAAUAUUCUGAACAAGACUGGAAAGCAUGUCAUGAUUGUCAGAAUACUCUGUGCCCAAACUGUGUAGUACAGAUUAGUAAAAAUGUUGAUUCUGAAGUGUUUUGGUUGUGUAAAUUAUGUCAAAAGAAACGUCAAUUGACUGUCAGUUCUGGUAGUUGGUUACAACGUCUUCCUAAACAUAACAAUAAUAAACAAACGAAAGAAUUACAAAAACUAAUACAGAAAACUCAUGGAAUCACACGAACAGCAUCUUAUUCUCAAUAUGAAGAUUUAAUUGAUCAAGUUAGUUUAGACGAAUCUACAGUGAAUAGUGGUGAUCAAGACGAACAUGAUGGUGAGGAAGAGAAAGAAGAAGAAUGGAAACAAUUAAUACAGAAGGAUAAUACACAACUUGUAAAAUCUCAUGAAAAUUCUAUAUUAAAAAAUAUUCAUCAAAGAAGAGCUUCAGAACAAAACAGUAUUAAAGAGGUGGUUAAAUCAACACACCGACUAUAUCAUUCCAUUAAUGAUAAUCAACCUGUAAAUAAUGAAACUAGAAAACUAUCAAUGGGACAGAAAUUUUUACGCCUAAAUGAUGAUGUUAUUCAUAAUGACGAUGAUGAUGUUGAUAAGGAUAAUUAUAAAAAUCUAACUUAUCAAAAUCGUCUACAUUUGUAUUUUACAAAACAAGUUAGUGAACAAUUCAGUAUGGAUAGUGAAGAAGAUGAUGAUGAUGAUGAUGAUGAUGAUGAUGAUGAUAAUGUGUAUGAGAAAGACAAUCAGAAAUCCGAUUUUGUUAAUUUUCAUGAUAAAAUUAAUGAAUCUAAUCAAAAUGAUCAAUUGAAUGAAACAAUUUUACAUAACAAUAAAUCAUCAACUAUAGUUCAACAAUUACAUCAUGAAGAAUGUUAUGAUGGAAUAGACAUGAUUGAUGAAAUACAAAAAAUUACACCAAUUGAUGUUAUUGAUGAAAAAGCUAUUGAAAAGAAAGAAAUUGUUCAAUCUACUUAUACAAAUGUUCUUUUAGAUAAUAGUGAUCAAAUAAAUCUUUCAAGGUGUACAGUUUCACCAACCAACAUCCUAUCAGAUCAUCAUACAGAUAAACAACAGUUUAUACCUGAAGAUUAUACUAUCUCUUCAAUGAAUUAUCUGAAUACUCCUUAUUCUGAUAAUCAAGAACAUUUAAUUAAAUCUAAUUCAGAUCAAAUUAUAUUAAAUGAUCAAGAAAAUAUAAUAGAAUCAUUUAAUUCUUAUUUAACUAAUCAAAAAAAUGAUCCAUUUAAUGAAGAAAAUUUAUUGAUUUAUCAUAAUAGACAAUCAUCUAUAAACCAAUAUUCUAAGGAUGAUGAUAUCUCAUUGAAAAAUUUAGAAAAAACAAGACUAUGCAACACUUAUACACAAUCAUAUGAAGAUAAAAUUGGUUUAAUUAUACCACAAUAUAAUUCAGAUGAAUAUAAUGAAGAUAUGAAUAUAAUUAUUAAUAAUGAUAAUAAUAAUAAUAAUGAAACAAAACAUUUAUCUCAAUCUUUGUUAACCAAUCAAGAUAAUGGAAGAUAUUCAAAUCAUAUACAUUUACAAUACAAUAAUCAAUCACGUAGACAAUCAUGUCCAAUAAUUAUUAAUGAUGAUCAUGUAUUAUCAUUAUCUAAUCAAACGAUUCAACAACAACAACCAUGUUUAUCAUCAAAAUCUAGUUAUUUUGAAGAUGUUAAUACUGAUAAUCAUGAUGAUGAUGAUGAUGAUAAUGAAGACAGAUUCAUUCAUUCAUAUUAUGAUCAACCUAAUUCUUAUCAUUCAAAUAGAUUAUCUAAUCAUGAAAUGAAUUCAAAUCAUUUAAAUUUAUUUUUUCCAUAUAAUUUAAAUGAAUCAUGGGAUUAUGCUGAAGAUUUACGUAAAAUAGAUGAAAAUAUAUAUCAACGUACAAGUAAUUCAAAUAAAACCAUUGGUUUCAACGAUAUUACUUAUGAUACAAUUAAUAGUAGUAUAUUCAAUGAAAAUGAAAAUAAUAUUAUUCAUACUGCUUUAUCAAAAGAAACUACUAAUGUAACUUCAGUUGGAAGUUAUUAUAUAGAUGACACUAUAAAAUCAUCAAUUAAAGAUCAUGAUAUUCAUCAUGAACCUUCAAUGAAUGAUCUUUAUUUAAAUUGGUUAAAUGAAUUAAAUUCAAAUUAUGUUUCUAUGAAUCAACAUGAUAAUUUAUUGAGUACUAAUUAUAAUGUAAAUAAACAUGAAGAUUAUAUAUCAGAGUGUUCACUAAUCAAUAAUAGUAGUUCCCAAGAUACAUCAGUUUCAAAUUAUAUAACGACAACAACUAUUACUGGCAACAGUAAUACUGAAACAACUGAACAAAAUCACCUUUUAUUAAAACGUUGUCCUAAUUUUGAAAAUAUCAGUCGUUUAUCGAAUAAUAAUAAUGAUAAUAAUAUUAAUAAUAAUAUUCAACUAAUGGAGGAAAGUAGUAGCUUCUAUGAAGGAUUGAUGAGAUUGUCUGAAGUUGUCAAUGAUGAAAAAGAAGAUCUUGAAAUGAACAAUGAUACACCGACAAAAGUAUGGGGUCGAGAAUUUCGUGAUAGACUACAAAUAUCUGAUACAUCUACAUGUUUACCUUCCAAUUUAUUUGAUGAUAUAAAACCUGAAUUAGAAAUAUGGUCCAAUUUAUUUAAUACCUCAGAAAUUGUUGUAGAUACUGCUAGAGAAAUUUCUACACAAUUAAAUUUAUUAAGUACAUUAGAAGAGGAUGAUAUAAAAGAAGAAAGAAAUGAAUGGAAAGAGAAAGUAGAAAUUAAUAUUGAAAAACAAGCAGAAAAUAAAAAAGACAAUGAAGUAAAUCAAACAGAUCAUGAUCAAUAUGAUAAGAAUGAUAAACAAUUAGUUGAUUCAAGAAGUCAUAUAUUUAUAACAACACUUGAAAAUGAAAAACUAAAUGCUUUAAAAGACAAUGAAAUAACUGAAGAUAAUGAAAAACACGAUAAUACUUCAUCAAACCAUUUCACUACAAAACUGUAUACAACACAUAUUGAAGAUGAUACAGAAUUGCAUGAUCUUGAAAGAAUCUCUACUCAAUUAGAAACUCAAAUCGUUGCUGAAGAAAAUCUUACUCCUCAACCUUAUAAUUAUGGAAAUCUAUAUGAAAAUAAUGUUAGAACUGAUGAAAAAAUCGAUCAUUUAGUAGUUUCAGAUACUCCAACUCUAACUACUACUUAUAAAUCAAAUGAAAGUAAUCAUAAUAUGAUCUCUUAUCAAAAUAUGAAAAUGAAAUAUAAAACUAAUCAAUUUCCAUAUACAUCAUUAUCUAUUGAUAAACUAAUAGAUAAUUCUAAACAAAAAGAAGAAACAUUUGAGAAUACAAAAGAAGACUUAUCUCAUUCAGACAUAUUGGAAUUCUAUGAACACGUGAUCCCAACAAUAAAUUCUCCACUAUCAUUGGAUAAUUCAUAUUCUGCCUCUAAUAAAAGUCCAAAUAAUAUAGAUGAGAAGAAUAGUAUUAUAAAUGAAAUUCUCUAUCCUUAUUAUCCAUAUGAACAACAACUAACUCAAUAUAAUUCAACUCAUACAUAUAUGAACAAUAAACAAUAUUAUCCAUUGAUUCAUUUGAAUAAGGAAGGCAGUCAUUUAGAAUUAACCAAUAAACAUAAAGAAGAAUUGAAAAAAUCGAAUAGAAAGUCAAAUAAAAAUAUUCUAACUACUUUUUUCAAUGAGAAUAAUGAUUCUUUAAAUUAUUCUAUUGAUCAAUCUUAUUCUAAUAAUUCAUCAUUAAUAUUGAAUACAUUGAAUAUUGAAUUAGAAAAUGAUUCGAAUAAAACAAUCAUUGAACAUUAUGAAACUGAUCAAUUAUCAAUAUUAAAUCAUUCAAUAGAAAAAUCAAUAGAAAAAUCAUUUAAUAAUAAUAAUAAUAAUAAUUUGAUAACAUUUUCUGAUACUACUCAAAAGGUAUUUAAUAAUACUACUAAUACUAUUACUAAUACACCAACUUGUAUUGGAAUAAAACAACAAUCUACUAAUCAUUCAUUAUCAUUAAUAAAACCAUUUUGUUGUUUUAAUGAAAAAUUAUUAAAACGUGCACAAUUAAUUUUAUCAAAUUCACCAAUUAUUAAUGAACCUGAUCCAACUGAUACAUUAUUAGCUUUAACUGAAGACAAUAAUAAUAAUAAUCAGAAUAAUAAUCAAUAUCAUCGAUCAGAUCAAACAAAUUUAUGUAAAUCAUCAAUCAAAAAUUAUUUUCUAUCAUUAUCUUGUCCACAAUCAUUAAAUAAUCAAUUAAUCGAUGAUAAUUAUGAUACUAUAUCAAAUGAUAGUGAUUUUUCUAUUCAUAUACCUAUUACCAAUUCAAUUUUUAAUGAAAAUCUAUUCAAUGAAUCGAAAUUAUCAUUAAUAUCAAAUUUUAAAGAAUUUUAUGCUAAUCAACAUUUAUGGAAAUCUAUUCAUUCACAAUGGUAUAUACAUAUAUUAAAACGUAUUAUUGAUGAAGCUAAAUUAAUAUCAAUACCAGAACAAAUAAUUUAUUACGAUAAUUUAUAUACGGAAUAUAUGUCAUCUUCGUCUAGUUCACGUGGUUCAUAUUUUACAAAUUAUAGAAGAAGACCACAUUCUUCUACUUAUAGUUAUGAAGUAAAUAGUUUAAUAGAUGAUUUACCUGGAACUUAUGAAAGUCCUAAUUCAUCAUCAUCAUCAAUUAUUUAUUCAAAACAUUUAUAUAAUCAUAGAUCAUUACAUGAUAUUUAUCCGGAUAGAUUUAUUAAAUCAUUUAAUGAUGAUGAUGAUGAUAAUUAUCGAAUAAAUUUAAAACCAAUUUCAAAAAAUAAUUUGAAAUCAUCAUAUGAUUCACGAUCAUAUAGAUCAUAUUCAGAGGCUGGUACAUCACAUCAUUAUCAACCUCAUCCUAAUCCUCAUCAUUAUCAUCAUCAUCCUCGUGAAAAAGAUAAAACUGGUCUAGCAUCAAUUAUACAUCAUGAUCGUCGAAAUAAAUUAGGAUUAAUUCAUCAUAUUUCAAGUCGUUCAAAACAUUUCAAAUCAAAUAAUAUUGAAAAUGUUUUACACCAAAGAAUUUUAAAAGAUUCUAAUAAAAAUAUAAAAUCAACUGAAUUGGAUAAAUCAAAAGAUUCCAUAUACACAACACGAUCUAAUAAAAAUGAUCAAGAUUAUGAAAUAAAUCAUAAAGUAAAAAGAGGAAAUUUAAGAAGUUAUACACCAACUUAUAAAACAUUUCAUAAUUCACAAACAAAAUGGUCAAAUGAUAAUAAUUUUUUACAAGUUGGUUCAUAUUUUUCUUUACCUUUAAAUGAUUAUGAUAGAAAAGGAAUAAAACAUUCACGACCUAAAUUGAUUAAUCAACGUUAUGAUCCAUCUAGUAUAGAAUAUUCAGUUUAUCAAAAAGUUUCAUCUGAUGAAUGGAAUAAAUCUGAUCAAUUAACUCGAAGAAUUGGAAAUUUAUCUAAAUCAACUGGUCAUUUAAGUCAUUUAGAUGAUUUAAAUAAAUUUUCAGGUUCUACUUCUAUGCAAACAUUAAGAGCUCGAUUAGCUGCUGCACAUUCAGAAUUUAAUUUAGAUUAUCAAGAAAAUAUAUUGAACAAAUAUGAAUUAGAAAAAUUGGACAGUAAUAAAUUUGGUUCACUUGAUCGUCGAACUGAUUCAAAUGACUUUACAACUCGACAAUUAAGACAACAAGUAGAACAACAUCAUCGUCGUUUACUUAAAAGUUUAAUGACUGAUGAACCUUAUGAAUCUAGUUGGCCAUCUAGUUUUUCAAAUUUUGAUCUUCAAGGAUACUUAAACUCAUAUUGUGAUGAAUCAGAAAUGCAACCAACAACUCUUAUUUCAUCUACUUUAGCGCCACCAAUAUUUUCUACAGCUUCAACAAGACUUCCGUUAAAUAUUGAACAAAGUAAAAUAGAUGAAACAAUGGUAGAACCUACAAACUAUACAUCUGCAACUGACCAACAGUUUCUGUCCGUACCAAAUAUGUUAACUACAUCGAAUUUGAAUUCUACCGCUCCAGUAGUAUUGCCAAAUCAAGUACCUUUAACAAAUAAUUUAGCUGACAAUAUAAUGAAUAAUAAAAUCAUAAAUCAGCCUACAUCAGUCAGUUUAAAUGAACAAAUACCAGUUUCAAAUAACACAUUAAUCGAGCUUAUUAAUAAUCCUGAUUUUAUACAAGCUCUUACAUAUAAUCCAGAACUUAUUAAUCAAAUAAAUUCAAUGUGCCUAGAUCUCGCGCCAGCUGAUUUGAAUCAAGUAACCUUAGCAGCUGUUGCUGGAGCAAUUGCAGCUACAGCUGUAGCUGGUUCUGGGAUGUUAGAUAAUAAUACUACUACUGAUAAUAUUAAUAAUGUCAUUACAUUUCAACCGACUAAUGAACACAUUAUCAAUAGUCUAUUACACAAUACAAUUGCAUCAGAACAAAUGAUGAAUACUUAUCCAAAUACUGGAAAUUAUAUUUCAAAUAACAAUAAUACUGACUUCAUAAAUAAUGUUUCAUCUAUAAAUUCUACUUAUUUACCAAAUAGUCAUAUUAUUAAUGAUAUUCCCAGUAAUAAUAACAUUUCAAGAAUGAAUACUUUAUUACCUGAUGAGAAUUCAUGUGUCGACACUAUAAAUCCUGAAUCAAUAGAUAUACUAAUUGAACAAGUACGCAAAUUAUUAAAUGAACAAAACAAAUGUGAUUUGAUGAAUUCAACAACUUCAAUAAAUAAUACUGUUAUAAAUAAUAACCCUAUCAAUACUACUACUAGUAGUGGCAGUAGUAUACCUUUUAAUAAUCAAUUAUUAUCAUCGUUACCAUCAUCAAUUCAUCAAACAAAUCAAUCAAUAAUAAAUGAAGAUAAUAUAAAAAAUCCUGUAGAUAAUUAUUAUCAAAAAUCAUUGAGACAUAUACAUAAUCAGUCAGUUGAUGAAGUUAAUAAACAACAAUAUAAUAAAAUGCCUAGUGAAACAAUUAAUAACUGGCUUGGAUUAAGUGAUGAUGAAUGGAAUUAUAAAACUUAUAAAGAUAACACGAAAAAUCCGAAUUCAUGGAUAGACAACAAUACUACAUGGCCUUCAUUCAAUCCAUUAAAUAAUAACAAGUCUAAAUCAAUAAUACAACCUACAAAAUGUACAUAUGAUUUUCCAACCAAACGACUUUUAUUAAUGCGUGAAUCUAAGGACAGACAUCAAAAAGGGUGCGGAAUUGGUAUGCGCAUAGUUGGUGGACAUAUUAGAUCAGAUGGUAAUUUAGGAGCAUUUGUUGAAGAAAUUUAUCCAUCUGGUCCAGCUGAUCAACUUCAUGGAGAGAUAAAAGAAGGUGAUGAAAUACUUGAAUGGAAUUCAAUUCCUUUAGUCGGUAAGACAUUUGAAGAAGUACAAGCUAUUAUUAGUCAAGUUUCUGAAGAAACAGAGUUACUUGUCAGAGCAGAUUAUACCCAAGCUGAUGAUGAAGAUGAUGAAGGUGAAGAUGAUGGUGAAGAAAUAGAAGAUGAAGAAGAUGAUGAAGAUGAAGAAUAUGAUGAAGAAUAUCUUGAUGAUGACGAUGAUGAUGAAGAUGCAACAUCUUUAAUGAAAACUUGUGGUUCAGGAUCAACUGGGAAUAGUGGACAAACUAAUCGAACACAUGCCUUAUGUCAUCAUCAUGCAGCACAACAUGCAUUAAUGAAUCAAUCAAAAGGUCCACCAAUUUGUCCACAUAUACGUCAACAUUAUUUAUCUAUGCCAUCAAAUGAUCAUCGAUCAAUAAGUCAAGUUGCACAGAAUUCACAUAAAUUACAUUCAACAAAUGAACAACAAAUACAAGAGGAAAAUAUUGAAGAAAGUAGAUUAACACUAAAUAAUAACACUAUGAAUUGGUUUGAAUCAAAUUCUCCUAAAAAGUCGAUAAAUCAAUUAUCAUCAUCAACUGUACAAGAUUCAAAAUAUACUAAACAAUCAAAUACUUCUGAUAGUGAUAAAUUAAAUAAUAGUAGAAGAUCAUCUAAAGGAGGUCGUGUAAAUGGACCACGUGGAAGUCGAUCGUCUAACAAUGAGAAACAUGAUGAUACAUUAGAAUAUGGUGAGAUUGAAUUAAUAUUAACAUUUGAUGAUUAUGAUCAAAGUUUAACUGUACAUGUCGCACGUGCACGUAAUCUUCCAGCGAUGGAUUUAAAUGGUUUAGCUGAUCCAUUUGUAAAAGUAAGACUACAUCCAGAUCCAACAGAAGACCCUGAUUUUAAUCGUCAAACAAAAUAUAUGCCUAAUACAUUAACACCUGAAUGGCAACAGACUGUUGUAUUUAUGAAUUGUAUAAAACGUACAUUGAAACGACGUGUACUUGAAGUAACUGUAUGGGAUUUUGAUCGAUUAAAAACAAAUGAUUUUAUGGGACAAACAAUUAUUAACCUUGGUGAUAAAGAAUACCUUGAUGGUAAACCUCAUUGGUUUAGUCUUCAUGGGUUAAUGCCAGUUGUUAUACCAAUUCCUAAAAAAUCAGUAUCUUCAUCGAAAACUUCAUCUGAUAGUUCAAGACAAGCUAAGAGCUCUAAGGACAGUAGUUCUAGAAGAAGUACAGUGAAUAAAUCACCGAAAGAUCAACUUCAGUCUCAAAGAAUGAAUAUAUGA